AUGCCGAAGAGAAAGUUAUGGGAUCCUCAAGCAAUGAAAAAAGCCGUAAAAGCGGUCCGAACUAAAGAAAUGGGGUAUAAAAAGGCAGUUAAGUUAUUUAAUGUGCCAAGAGCUACUUUAAAAGAUUAUGUCAAAAAGUCUGAUAAAUCUGUUGAUGAUAUAGUUUCUGGAAAAAUGGGAAGAAAACCGAUUUUGCCAGUUGAAUUAGAAGAGGAGUUGGUAAACUAUUGCCUACAAAUGGAAAAGAAUUACUAUGGUGUCGCCGCUUCGGACUUAAAACGUAUGGCUUUUCAAUUGGCUAUUAGAAAUAACAUUCCACAUCCAUUUUCACACACUAAAAAGAAAGCAGGUAAAAAAUGGAUGAAGUUAUUUAUGGCUCGCCAUCCCAAUUUGUCGUUUCGUCAACCACAAUCGUUAUCACGUGCUCGCGUGCAAGGUUUUACUGCUGAAAAUGUUAAAUCUUUUUUUGAUAUACUGAAACCUGAAUUAGAAAAGAUUAAUUUCAACCCCAAUAAAAUAUUUAAUGUCGACGAAACAGGGAUCAGCAUAGUUCAGCAUAAAGUAAGAAAAAUCUUAACGGCAAAAGGUAAGAAAGCAGUUCACAAAUUAUCUUCUGCUGAAAGGGGAGCUUUGAUAACAAUUGUGACUUGUAUGUCAGCUUCUGGUCAAUUCAUUCCUCCAUUAAUGGUGUUUCCUAGAAAAAACAUGAAGGCUGAACUACUUGACGGAGCACCUCCAGGCACCAUAGGUGGAUGUCAUCCUUCGGGAUGGAUCCAGCCUGAGUUAUUCACAAAAUGGCUAAGACAUUUUGUGUCCAUAGUAAAACCAUCAAAAGAAGACCCUGUUUUGCUGAUAUUGGAUGGUCACUACAGCCACACAAGAAAUUUAGACGUGAUUGACAUUGGACGUGACAAUGGCAUAUCCAUAGUCUGCCUGCCUCCUCAUUCAACUAAUCAUAUGCAGUCUUUGGAUGUUUCAUUCAUGUUUCCCUUAAAAACAUUUUAUGCCCAAGAAGUAGAAAAUUGGUUAACAAAUCAUCCAGGGCGCAUUGUUACUCAAUACCAACUUGGAGAAAUAUUUGGAAAAGCUUAUGCAAAAUUGAUACAGCUCGCAACAUCUAUUGUGAAUGACUCCUCCGUUUCUUUGGAACCCACAACGUCUAGACCAAGAACACUAACGGCAUCACCUAGGUUAAGCACUCCUUCCUCCCCGUAUAUAGUUCCAGCUGACAUACAACCUGUUCCAGUUGUUGAGCCUCCUUCUACUACAACUAGACGAGGCAAAGCCAUGGUCGUUACGGCUUCACCGCAUAAACAGGAAAUAAUAGAUGCAGAAAAGAAAAAACAACAAAAAGAUGAAAGAAAAGCAGCCAAAAAAAGGGUUAGAAAUUUAAGUAAAAUGACGACAGGAAGAAAGAAAACAAAUAAGCGACGUAAGAAUCAAUCUUCUGACGAGGACACGUCUGAUGAGGACCCUCCAAUUUUAGUUUCUACUGACGAAGAAGAUAGUGACAACGAUGACGCUGAAUGCCCAGUAUGUCAGAAAAGGUUUUCUCAAGAUAUACAUGGAGAGAAAUGGAUAAGAUGCACAAAAUGUUUCCAAUGGAUGCAUGAGGAUUGUGUUGAUAAUCCAGGAAUUAAAAUUAAUAUGGAGUCUAUAAAGAACACUCUAGACGAGCUCACUGCCCACUUUAACACAAGGAUUUCGGAGUUUCAAAAGGAAUUAAAAGGUACUAUUCCUACCACUAGCCCUUCUUCUGCCAUCAACAUCCAAUUUAACUCAUUCCGGGCCUUUGUCUUAACGGCAUUAGAAAAUCUUCAACUGCAAGUAGAGUUUCUUUCAAGACAGUAUGAUGAGCUUGAGAUGCGGUCAAGGAAAAAGAUUCUACUGUUGCACGGAGUUCCAGAGACAGAUAAGGAGGAUAUGGCAGCUAGUGCUGCACAACUUCUCGGUGUUCAGCUUAAAAUUCCACAAGUGGUUCCAGCUUCUUUUAGUCGAUGUCAUAGGCUUGGACAUAAUGAUAAGGAUAAGCCCCGUGCCUUGCUUAUUAAAUUUAGUGACCUGGCCUUAAGAAAUCAAGUUUGGUCGGCCAAAACCAAAAUAAAAGGCACCGGGGUAACUAUGUCUGAGUUUCUGACUAAGCCUCGUCAUAAAGCAUUCUUAGCGGCACGACAACGUUUCGGUGUAACCAAGUGUUGGACUAGAGACGGUGUUAUAGUAGUGUUAAGAGCGGAUGGCUCAAAGCACCGGAUAACUAGUGCAUCUGAACUGAACGCAAUUCCUAGCUCAGCUAAUAGUGCUUCUGGUCCUGUCCUCAUGCCCGCUGCUGCGGAGGCCUCAAAAUCUUCAAAAAUUACCAAUCCCAGAACCAAAAGAGUGUUAAAGAAA